CAGCUACAAUACUCGGAGAGGCUGUGGCAUUCAAACAAUGAUUGAUUGAUAGUAAGGGGCCAAAGGUGUGCCACUUCCCACACCAUUUCAGCACCACCACCAACAGCCUGGACUGCUGACACAAGGAAGUUUGGGUCCAUGGGUUCAUGCUGUUGACGCCAAAAUCUGACCAGACCAUAUGCGUGCCUCGGCAGAAAUCCAGAUUCAUCAGACCGGGCUACGUUUUUCCAGUCCUCAACUGUCCAGUUUUGAUGGAUGCAGACACAGAAGAGAAGAUGACAGAAACUUCAAAGACUUCCAAGGAUGAAUCUGAGAGACCUGUAACUGAAAACAAAUCCAGGGGUCGCGGGUCCAGAGGCCGUGGUCGAGGGGGUCGGAUGAGUCGGGGUGGCAUGCGUGGUGGGCGAGGCAUGAUGAAGGGGUUUGGUCCACCUGGACAUGGGAGGGGUCGAAUGAAGGACGUAGCCACGAAUGGACUUGCACCCAUGAGGGGAAUGGGGAGGAUGCGACCUUACCCAGACCUUAGAGGUCAUCGAGGUAGGGGUGGACCAAUGGGUAUGGGACCUCCUCCUCCUCGUCCACCUCCCAUGCAUCUCAGAGGCCCCUUCCCACCCAUGCACAGGCACGGUCCCCCUCCACCUCCUCCCCCAGGUCAUCCUGGUUUCAGAGGUCGCCCACCUCACCCUCGAGGCCGUGGCAUGCCACCUCCUGGACCUCCACGCCACUUCCACCCCCGCGGCCCCAGAGGCUACCACAAUGGACCGGUCUCUCCUCCGCCUCACCCCCCACCUGGCAGAGGCCAGAGGUGGCCAGGGCCCCCUGGUGGCCGACGCUUUUAACACAGCCUGCCCUAAAAACAAUAACCAAGCACUUGCUAAUGGGGCUUAAAGUGGAGCAGUGAAUGAAAUGCCCCAGAAUUAUGUGUUAUACAAAGUCUCUGAGUAUCUUUAUGACAUACUCUGUGGCCAAAUGUCUGGUUAUUGAUAUUGUCUACUGGCAAAGAAAUAAUGUGAAAUGACUAAUGAUAACCGAGGACACAUAAAAUGCCUCAAAACUUAACAAUGUAAAGGCAUUUUUACAUUCUGUUACCCAUAAAUACAGUUGGUACUGUAGGAACUAUUUGACAUUGUUAAGAAAAAGCUGUUGAAAACAAGGUUGAAACCGCUGUUGUCAAAGGGAGGAAAAUUCUUGUCAAAGUUCAUUAAAUGUUCUUUGGUUCUUGUUGCAGUCGCCCUGUGAGCCUUAAGAAAAUUUCCUGAUUCUUAAUAAAGAAUAUAAAAUGGGUGACAAUGUAUGUUUGAAGGUGGAGGGGGGGGGUAAUGAGUGCACAACAGCCCUCAAGCACCACUGUUAACUAGUUUAGUACACCUUGGACCUCCCUAACCUUUCCUUUUGUUAUAUGGAAAUAGUUAUGUAUUAUAACCUCACCAAGCAGUGCAGCAAAUAUUGUUUAACACUUACACAUUUUCUAAGUGAUAAGACAAUAUUCCACUUGUCAAGUAUUCAUGAGUAUUUAAUUUUAUAUUUUAUAUCGUUAAUGUGCAGCUAUUUUAAGUUAUGAGUAUUGCUGUUUGGAACAUUCAUGUUUGUCUCCAGCAAUCCAUUGUGUAAUGACAAAAAGGAAAAGGCAUUAUAAAUGGAUAGUAUACUGAAUUAUAUAUCUAGUAGCUUUUAUAAAUGAAAGCAAAUUCCAUUAGUAUUUGCUUCAGUUAAGGAUAAGAAAUUACUCUUUACUGUGUUUAGUUUUUUGAAGUGUUAUAAAUACUUUAUUCACUGUAAUUAACAUAACUUUUGUGAACCUGUGAAUGUGUUUUAUGAGAACCGUCGAGACAUAUGACAUAGUCGUGAAGAAAAAAAAUAAUAAAACAAAAAAUAAACUCAACUUCUCUUUUUUUUGUUUGUUCACAAACAAGUCUGAGAGUUGUCAUUACAAUUUACAACAUAUCUGUAAUACCUGAAACAGAAUGAACUUCGAUGUCAGAACUAAAACUGUACUCAGUGGCAAAGUAGCAGUGUUUCAUAUUUGAAAGUGAACAUUCGAUCCAUGUGCAUGACCACUGCAAAGAUGCACAUAAUUAUAUAGAACCUUUUGGAUGAUUGUGGAGGACCAAGAGCCCUUAAUGAACAUAAUAGUUUCGUAGCAUUCAGUGGAUCUUACUGAACCAUUUCUGUAGGCUUGCUGAGGGCUGAAAUUUAUUGUAGACCAGAAAUGGCUUGGAAAUAUAAUCCAUGAAUUGCAUCUGCAGUUGCAGAGAACUUAAAACAUUAAUUUACUCCAAGAAGUGUGUCACCAUGUAUAUUCCCAUGUAAAUCUGACUGGAGAACCGCUCCACUUGCAAGGCAUUGAAAUGCUCUUGACUCAACGUCACAGGUCAAAUUCAGUGGUAGCAUGUCUAAAAGGAAGACAUCAUCUGCAAAGGAUAAGCACUCUGAGAUGACCAAGGACGGUCAUAUUUUCUUUCUGUCAUAAUAAGAAAUUGCCAGUAAUUUUAAUUUGACUUCAAAGGGGACCGAUGGGGUUUGGAGACUGUCACUCUUGUGUAUUUUGACCAAUAUCUAUUCUUAUAAUAAAUUUUUCUUAUAUAAUUUCCUCUAGACUCCCAUAUGAUUGUAAUCUUCAUAAAAAUACAAGUUUGUUGCUGUGCUUGUAGUUGGAAUAAUAGUGAUGAUCAUCAAAUUAAUGUUUUUGCAAAGUACACACAGAUUUUAUACUGAAUCCAUGAUAUAAUGCCUCCAACUGAUGAGAACUGGAACAGAGUGGAGACCAGCAACCUGAAUAUUGAGCUCUUCAGGUUUUGCAAGCUGUGUGAAUGCAUGUGAUUGUUUUUUCAUAAUGUGAUUAUUAGGGCCUACAGAAUUUACAAAGAUAAAAUAAUAACCCUGCUGUAAUGCAAAGGUACAAUCAUAUAAAGAGGCAUUUAUUAUUGAUACUGAAUUUUGCAUGUACUGCUGGCACAAACAAGUAGUUGAUAUUAUUUCUGGAAGAAAGAGCAUUUAAUUUACUGAGCCACUCAGAUGCUGCAGAAUACUCAAAUAUGGCUGCAGAUGCCAAACUCAGUCCAUUUCUUAAAUGAAGCACAGACAGGUGUUGCACUCUCCCCUCCUCUGUCUGUCUUUUUCCAUCUCUUUAGCACUUUCAGUACAUUUUGCUGCCUCUUAAGUUUCUGCAGUCCCUUCUUGUUUCUCCCUUUGGUUGAUUAUAACAGACUGACUGUUGUUGUCUCCUGAAGGGGGGGGCACACAGUACAGUUUACCUCCCAGGCCCCAGGAACCCAGGCCCUCCCUCACAUCUCUCCCCUCCUUCAACAGCAGCGUGACACCUGAGAUCCAGCACUUCACUUGAAAAGGUGAGCCUCCUCUUGUGUCUUAAUCCCUAAACACCUCUUUCUCUGAUGCCUGGAGAUUUUCUCUUUCAGGAUGGAAGGUGAAACAACUACAGAGCCGUACCAAACUAGGUGAGACACACAGGUACUUUGUCUCUCAAAAUGUCAAAAUGUCCGCUGUGAAUGAGGUCUUCAAAGCACGUUUGAAUUGGUUAAUUCUUAGGCAUCAGGAGCAAAUAUUGACCAUUUUUCACUUGUAGGCCAGAAAGCCAACAGGAAAGUCCAGAGACUCCACCUAAAAUCUAUAGCAACAGGACACUACACUGUUGUUUAUUACUGCUGGAGAACAAACUCUUGCAAUGUAUCACCAGUUAUAACAGUUUCCAAACCAUAAUCUUGAUGUAUUUGUAUUUAAGUAACCGGAGCUUCACUACACUGUCAAUGAUGAUGAAGUAACAAAAGCACUAAUGCUUUUUGGUUUGUGAUAGGGUUUAUACUUACAAGUAUGAAGAUUCCCAAGGUAUACUUAGGUUUAAAUAAUAAAAAU